AUGAUUAAACAACAGCAACCACAGCAACUUAAGGCGCAAAGCGCCCAGGUCCUUCAGACCAUUACAUACGCCACAUAUGCAUAUAAUUCAAAGACGGCAGAACAAACGCAAAGGUUGAAAUAUGGAGAUUUGGAGAUAGUAUUGAAAAAUGAACAUUUCGAAUUCGUUUGCAAAGGUGGUGCAGUGAUAUCAAAUAUAAAAGAAAUUUUAUUUAUGAAUUCUAAAAUUAAAGGUAUAACGGAUGAUAUAACAUCAAUUCCACCAGAAGAACAGAGAUAUUACGCAUUAAAUGCAUUUCCUAAAGUUUUGAAGAUUGGAAGAUUUAAUUUAAAUGAGGAAUUCAUAGAAGGUUUCCUAAAUGACAUAAUGAAGAAGGCGGAUAAGGAAUAUGUUAACGAUGAGUUAGAGAAGAAGGCAAAUUUGGUUUAUGUUGAUGAAAAAGAUAAUGAAAUUAAAGAAAAGGUUGAAUGGUAUCAUGAAUGGACAUUUGAGACUUUUAAAGUUAAAGCUGAUACAGGAUGGGUUUCAGGAUGUUUAGACCUUAAAGCAGAUAAAACAUAUGUUAACGAUGAGUUAGAGAAGAAGGCGGAUAAAACAUAUGUGGAUAGUGAGUUAAAUAAGAAGGCAGAUAAAACAUAUGUUAACGAUGAGUUAGAGAAGAAGGCGGAUAAAACAUAUGUGGAUAGUGAGUUAAAUAAGAAGGCAGAUAAAACAUAUGUUAACGAUGAGUUAGAGAAGAAGGCGGAUAAAACAUAUGUGGAUAGUGAGUUAAAUAAGAAGGCAGAUAAAGCAUAUGUUAACGAUGAGUUAGAGAAGAAGGCAGAUAAAACAUAUGUUAACGAUGAGUUAGAGAAGAAGGCAGAUAAAACAUAUGUGGAUAGUGAGUUAGAGAAGAAGGCGGAUAAAACAUAUGUUAACGAUGAGUUAGAGAAGAAGGUGGAUAAAACAUAUGUUAACGAAAUAUACCAAAGUUUGAUAGGAACAAAAAAU